AGAUUUUCCGUGAUACGGUGCUUACAUCCAAUAUGGAGGAAGGUAAACAACAAGAAAUGCAAGGUGCAUGUGAGAGUGGCUGGGUACAGUUUCAAGACUCGUGUUAUACUCUCGUGACGGCAUUUAGACAGUGGACGGACGCUAAG